AUGACUAGUCCUUCAGCACCAGCAACUGUGAUGGCCACCUGCCAUCCCAACUUUUAUUUUGAAAAUGGCACAUACAUUAUCCUGGUCGAAAAUUUCCUUUAUAAACUCAACCACAACAUCUUGGUGAAUGAGUUGGCCUUCUUUUCUGACCUCUUUUCACUUGGCAAAUUCAUGCUGGAAGACAAGGAUGGGGAGGGGCAUGCUGAUCAGAACCUGAUUAUUGUGAAGGACAGAUUCCUCACUACAGAAAUUUUUGACUUGUUCCUCAAGAUCAAGUUCACAUGUCCCUUCCCACCUGCUAAAUAUUCUGCAGAUGACCUCAAGAACCUCCUGGAGUUUAUCCACAAGUUCCAAUGCAGUGCACGCCUACUCAGCUUCAUUACUUCCUGCAUCAUCGAGAAAUCAUAUUCCUUCCAUCCUUCCGAACUCAUUUAUCUGGGCAUUGAGUACAAGAUUCAGGCACUCUUCAAAAGAGGUUUUAUGAGGCUCUGCAACCUCCCUCUGACGAAGAUCAAGAAGAUUCACCAUCACUGA